CAGAUAACUGCAGUCGGAAACAAUUGUGAUGAAUCUUCAAACUAGAAAUACAUUCUUGAUGCGCCACUGGUACUACCGUGUAGCCAAGGGACAAGGAAUGCGGGCGGUGGUGUCGGACGAGAGAGGGCGGGGAAAGGAGAACGCGGAAGAAGAUAAGAGCGUGGUUUUUACGACCGAUGUGCGAGGUAUUUUGGGCAGAAUAUUUUGGAGAGGAGAAUAGAGUACAUUAUUAUUGAUCCCGGGCGUUUCAUUCUUGACAAAUCAGAAGUGGAAUUAUUCACGUGCCGUACAAGUUCUACAAGUGAGUCAAAAUGGGGAAGACGAAAAGGCGUAGUUCUUCUAGUUCAUCCUCUAGCUCUCAGUCCAGUUCAAGUUCUUCGACGGACGAUGGAAGGAGACAUCGUAGGCGAGUAAAACGUUUACGAAAAGAACUCAAAUUCAAAAACAAGUUGUUAGAGAAGCAACCUAUGCUGAUUUUUCUGGGUCUGAGGACAGACACAGCAGCAGGAUGGCCGAAUGUGAUGAAUCUUCAAACUAGAAAUACAUUUUUGAUGCGCCACUGGUACUACCGUGUAGCCAAGGGACAAGGAAUGCGGGCGGUGGUGUCGGACGAGAGAGGGCGGGGAAAGGAGAACGCGGAAGAAGAUAAGAGCGUGGUUUUUACGACCGAUGUGCGAGGUAUUUUGAGCAGAAUAUUUUGGAGAGGAGAAUAGAGUACAUUAUUAUUGA